CAAAUGGGGAUAUUUAUAGAUGGGCAUAGGGCAUUGAGAGCUCAUUGGGAGUUCAGGCUGACAUUCACAACAUGCAGUAGCUCUGUUACUGCAUUAAUUUCUGCUUUGGGUUCAAAUCGUGUUUUCCUAACUGAAGCUCCAGAAGACUGGAUAUGUCCAACCACAGUGACCAGGACCCCAACCUAGAGGAGAUUGACGAUGAUGCAAUUCUAGCAGGUCUCUCCGCUGAAGAACUCAAGCAACUACAGAAUGAGAUCGAAGUGAUCGCCCCUGACGAGAGAGUGCCUGUGGGGAUGAGACAGAAGGACGCUUCUCGUGAACCAGAGGCUCGAGAUAACACAAAGCAAGGAUCUGAGGAUGAAGAAGACAUUGACGAAGAUGCAAUUCUAGCAGGUCUCUCCGCUGAGGAGCUCAAGCAACUCCAGAAUGAGAUGGAAGUGAUCGUCCCUGAUGAGAGAGUGCCAGUAGGGAUGAGACAGAAGGACCAGACAGAUAAACCUCCAACAGGGUCAUUUGACCACAGAUCACUGGUGGACUACUUGUACUGGGAGAGAGAGUCUAAACGUUUGCUGGAGGAGGAAAGAGUCCCUGCAGUCCUGCUGCCAAGUCAGAAAAAAAUGGAAGAGGAAAUCAAGAAGGAAGUCAAAGGGAAUGAAAAUGUUGAAGUAGAUUAUGUGUAUGAGGAGAUAGUGGAGGAGGCUGAGGAAGGGGAGGGUGACGAGGUGAUCGAGGAAGUGAUUGAAGAGGUAAUAGAGGAAGUGGUGGAGGUGGAAGACAACAUGGAGGAGGAACGAACCAGACAUCCCAUUAAAACAGAAACUGAGGAAAAAAGCACUGUUACAUCUGUCACCUCUCAAGAAAUCUUGCAGCCUCCUCUGGAGUUCUGUGAUUCAAGGAAGGAGGAAGAAGCUCUCAGAUCAGAGCAGAACGAGGGAGAACUAAAGGGGGCUGAGGAGAAACAAGAAGAUCAACUUCAAUCUAAACCUGCUCCCUCAACCUACGAGAACUGGGUCCCUGAGAAAGAAGAGAGAGUCAUAUCUAAACUGAAGAUCCCAAAGCUUGUGCUUGGUGAUUGCUUGAUCAAAAAGACAGCGAGGCCUUCUGGAAAUGAGACCAAUCUGGAGAGCACUCUGGACAAGAUUCGCAAAAACAAUCCUUCCAUCACUGAAGUCAACCUCAACAACAUUGAAAACAUUCCCAAGGAAAUGCUUCUGGACUAUGUGGAGGCCCUCAAGAAGAAUAAGCAUGUGAAGACCUUCAGCAUUGCAAACACAGGUGCAGAUGAAAAUGUGGCCUUUUCCCUGGCCAACAUGCUGCGAGAGAACAGGAGCAUCACCACCCUGAACAUCGAGUCAAACUUCAUCACUGGAAAGGGUAUUAUUGCAAUAAUGCGCUGUCUGCAGUUCAACGAGACUCUGACAGAACUCCGCUUCCACAACCAGAGGCACAUGCUGGGCCAUCAUGCAGAGAUGGAAGUGUCCCGUCUUCUCAAAGCCAACAACACACUCCUGAAGAUGGGUUACCACUUCGAGCUGCCUGGGCCUCGGAUGGUAGUGACAAACUUACUCACCAGGAACCUGGAUCGUCAGCGACAGCAGAGGAAAGAAGAUCAGAGGCUUCAGCAAAUGAAAGAACAACGUCAAAUCAUGGAGAUGUAUGAGAGCCAUCUGAACUUGCCUCCUGGCCUCCUGGAGAUGUUAGGAAGCUAUAUUCCUGAGAUGGCACUUCUGAAGGCUGCACAGGAUCUUCCAAAUGUUCCUCAAGAUUCUCCAAAGCCCUCCCCGGUAUCAAGUCCAUCUCUGCAGCUGCGCAAGGUACACCACCCUCCCAGGCAGCCCCCCCCCACCUCAGACUCAGAUUCAGCCAAUCUGCUGAAAGGUGUACUGCUUAAAAAGACUCCGAAACGUCGUGACCCACUGCUUGAGUUAAAUCAAAGAGAGGAAAGAAGAGAGGGGAGGACUAACGUUCAGCUACGUUGCACUCCUAAACAGCGGAGCACAAUGAAGGAGGAACCAGUGGACGACAAAGCCAACCUGAAAGAUGUAAUAAAGACUCUGAAACCAGUUCCUCGAAGGAGGCAGCCACCUAAAGUGGAGUUAACACCACGUGACCUGCUCCUCAACGAGAUUCGACAGAGCAAUGUGGCCUAUCUAAAAUCGGUACCACUUCCCAAAGUUCUGGAAUCAAGUGAAACCAGUCUUUUCUGAGGACAGGAUGCUUUCCGAUGGGUCGCAUAAAAUAAUACUGCCAGCUGUCUGAAGAAACAGGACAUACAGAUGAUUAAAUCUACUCCGAUAAACACAUGGAAAGCAGGGUAGGCUUCUUUAACUAGUUCCAUAAAUGACCUACAGACAUCCUCCAAUUCCUUUUUCACAAAUGAAUCCCCUUUCUUUGUCAAUAUGGUUAACUGAUAAGUGGUAGAAAGUGUACCUGCAGACAGUGAGUGUAGUUAUAACUGAGCACACAUAGACAAGAGCCAUAUAGUGGAGUGGCAGCACAGGAUGGAAAAACUUAAUUACUAUUAAGAGGUCACACUUCCACACUUCCAGCCAAGUAAAUGAAAUGUAUUCAAUAAUAUUCACUGGUUCCUUUAAUUUACUUUAUUAGUGUGAAAUUGUUUAGUGUUAGGUUAUAUCACAUUGUGUUUUGCUGAUGGCUUGGAAUUUAAUAAGCUUCACCAUGUUUGGUCAGUAAAACUUUUUGAGGUAAAACAAAUUUGAAACCAUUGUAAUAGCCUGGUAGAAAUGCGUUUCCACCUACAUUUCACCUCAACAUUAUCUGCAACUGCCUCACGCUAGGUGAAAAAAUACUAGCGCUUACUAAAACUUACUUAGUGAUGGGAGGGCCUGCUUUGUUCUUUGGUACUAUUACACAUAUACAACAUAUAUUUACAUUAUUUAUAUAUACGUCAUUUAUUUUCUAUCUCAAACUGAUAAUAGUUUGAAUAAACAAAUACUGCCUUUUG